CUUGUUUGGCGCGUUCAGCAAACUUCAAUCUCUUCCUCCUUGCUUGCGGCCCUUACUUCGCUGAAAAUGGGAAAGCGCAAGGCUUCGUCGAAGAAAGCAGAAGGCUCGCGCAAAAAGACGAAGAUUGUCCACAAAAACCCAGAUGAUCUGCCCUGGAAGACUGUCAAGCGCCCGGUAGUCGCGGGGUUGGACGGCGACGAUGGUAUCCUGGAACUGGAGGAGGUGGAGGAUGUGGAGGUGGUGUACGAGGAAACGGAAGGGGGAAGAGUCGCGCGAUUCAAUGUCCUACGCGCCGGGGGCGAAGACGAAGGCGACUUCGAUAUGAAGGAGAUCAGCGGGUUAGAGGAGGAGAUGGAGGAUGAUGAGGACGCCGAUCAGGAGCCGUCACCAUCAGAGUUGGGCGAAGCGCCUAACUUCGAGGGACUCGAGGAGGGAUCCUCGGAAUACCACGAGGUGACUCCUGAGGGUGAUUACGAGGAAUGGGUGCCGUUCACCCAGACAGGCUUAGCUGUGGACGAAGAGCCGAACGCGCUCGAUACGCCCACAUCAUUGGAGGAAUGGGAACCUUACGCGCUGCAUCCCCAACUACUAAAGACACUGCAAGCGCGCAACUUCCUCAAACCGACACCCAUCCAGGCCGCCGCCCUCAUCCCCGCCCUUGCUGGUCGUGACGUCGUCGGUGUCGCUCAGACAGGCUCCGGAAAAACCCUCGCGUACGGUCUCCCCAUCCUCCACCAUCUCCUCGAGAACCCCCACAAGUCCACGACCGGUGAGAAGCGCCCCGUCCGCGCCCUCAUUCUCGCACCUACGCGCGAGCUUGCACUGCAAGUGUCCUCGCAUCUGAACGCGUGUCUCAACACCGUCGAUGAGGCGCCUGAAAGCAGGCCCGAGGCAGCUGAAGUCAAGUCUGACGCGCCUAGCAAGUCGGCGAAGAAGGGGAAGAAGGGUGGCAAGGGUGACAAGAAUUCGGAUGCGCAGACGAAUGCCAAGAAGCCGCCUCCUCCGGUCAGCGUUGCCGCGCUCGUUGGAGGGAUGUCACUGCAGAAGCAGAAGCGGAUCCUGGGGCGCGGGGUGGAUGUGUUGGUGGCGACGCCCGGGCGGUUGUGGGAUGUCAUCCAGGAGGAUGACGACCUUGCGAGGAGUAUCAAGAACCUGAAGUUCCUCGUCCUCGACGAGGCGGACCGCAUGAUCGAAGCCGGUCAUUUCGCCGAGCUCGACAACGUCCUCCGGCUAACGCUUAGGGCUAACAAAAACGACCAAAUCCAGACCGAAGUUGGCGAGGAAGUCGAGGACGAACGCGAAGAUGACGACGAGAACAUCCAAGACGGUCUUCAGACCUUCGUCUUCUCGGCCACCCUCAGCAAGGAUUUGCAGCGCAACCUCAAGAAGCGCAAGGCCCCCGGGAAGAGUCGCAAGCCGCGCGCAGCGCCUGCUUCGACGCUAGAUGACCUUCUUAUGCGUCUGGACUUCCGCGACGAAGAACCAGAAGUGAUCGACCUGAGCCCGAAGGGCGGCGUGGUCUCUACACUGAAGGAGAGCAAGGUUGAGUGUGUGGUGUCGGAUAAGGAUGUGUAUCUGUAUUACUUCCUAUUGCGCUACCCUGGGCGAUCGCUUGUCUUCCUCUCCGCCAUCGACGGUAUCCGGCGUCUACUACCCCUUAUGGAACUUCUGGAGAUCAAAGCGUUCCCCCUCCAUUCCCAACUCGAGCAAAGGCAACGAUUGAAAAACCUGGAUCGGUUCAAGUCGACGCCGAACUGCGUACUCCUCGCGACGGACAUUGCCGCGCGCGGACUGGACAUACCCGCGGUCGACCACGUCCUACAUUACCAGAUACCGCGCUCGGCCGACGCGUACAUCCACCGGAACGGCCGCACGGCGCGCGCCAACGCGGCGGGCUUCAGCAUGCUCAUGUGCGCGCCGGAUGAGCGCAAGGUGGCGCGCUCAUUGCUCAACAGCGUCGGGAGGCAAUUUGACGACAUACCCGAGCUCCCUGUGGAGCGCAGCCUCUUCGACAAGCUCAAGGCGCGCAUCCAGCUCGCAAAGCAGAUUGAUACGGCGCAGCACCGCGUGAAGAAGGAGAAGCACGAGCGGAAGUGGAUGCGCGAGGCCGCGGACGCGAUGGAGGUCGAGCUCGACUCGGACUUCAUGUCCGACUCGGAGAGCGAAGCGCCGAGCAAGCGACAGAAGAAGGCGGCAAAUUCGAAGACGGCAGCGCUCAAGGCGCAGCUCAAAGAGCUGCUAGCUCAGCCACUGGUCGCUCGUGGCGUGUCGACGAAGUAUAUCACUUCGGGGAGUCGGCCCAUUGUUGACGACUUAUUGGCGGGAGAGAGCAAUGAGUCGCUCAUCGGGCUCAAGAAAUCGGAGGCGCGCAAUGACCUUGUUCAUACCAAGAAGAAAAGAAAGCAGCCGUCAUGAUUAGGUAGUAUUAUGUGACGCAUUCACGCCCUUGCGAAUAUCGCCCUUGCAAGCCACCUUCAGCCACAUUCGGCAAGUAGUGCACUCAUCUAUAUGCACAGACAAAGGGCUCGAACUAAUAUAGCAGAAAUGAAGCGCGCGUGCAUUCAUCAUGAAAGCCACUGCAUCGCCUGGAAUGUUGCUUUUGUCUGGCGUUCAUUUCGCUACGCGGCGUUGUCGCAGCGCCUUUUGCGUAUUCAUGAAUCUUGUCG